GUGUUAUCACAAAACGAACAGUCAGCUGGUAUUAUUUUCUGGGAUUUGUUAUUUGUUUAGUCAUCAGAAAGCAAUGAAAUUUGUUUAUAAUAUUCAUGAAAAUUGCUAAAACUCGAACAAUUGCCAUCACAAAAUGAAUAACAGUAAUCCAAACAUAUUUUUUAAUCCACUUAUUAGUGGCAUACAAAAGGUGGUACUUUACGAAACGCGCACUCGUCUCUACCUAGUGGGCAGCAAUAAUCGUGAAACGCGUUUUCGCAUGCUUACCAUUGAUCGCACACAGCAUGAUCGUGUUGUCAUCGAUGAGAAUCCCAAUGAACUGAAUGCAUUGGAAAUACGCAGAUUCCUCAUUUCACUCGGCAGCUCACCGCGCAUUACCUCCGCCUAUGGUGUGCUUGGUUUUGUGCGCUUUCUCGAAGGCUACUAUCUGCUGCUUGUCACAAAGCGCAAAUGUUGCGCGCAUAUUGGCAUGCAUUUGAUUUACACCAUAAAGGAUACGGUCAUGGUGCGCGUAAAUGAACCGACAACAUUGCGUGCACCGCACCCCUAUGAAGAACGUUAUAAGAAAAUGUUUCAGAGCAUCGAUUUGCGUAGUAAUUUUUAUUUUUCCUAUUCAUAUGACAUAACGCGUACGCUACAGUAUAAUGAGUCGGCACCGCGUUUUGUAGGACCCAAUGUAGAUUUGGACAACGAUGAGCCAUUGCCCGCCUGGGAUACACUCACCAAUAAUGUUGUUGCACCGGACGAGCGUGUGAACUAUGCAUUUCGCAGCAACCCACGUACGCGCUUUGUCUGGAAUGCGUUCCUCUUGCAGCCAAUGCGUGGCAUUGUGCUGAAGGAUUGGAUGUUGGAAGUGACACAUGGCUACAUUAGUCAGUCGUGUAUCAGCGUGUUUGGACGUCAUGUUAAUGUGUGUUUGAUUGCAAGGCGCAGUACACGCUUUGCGGGUACAAGAUUUCUAAAGCGCGGCGCCAAUCGUAUGGGUGAUGUGGCAAAUGAAGUGGAGACGGAACAAAUAGUCACGGAUGGACAACGUAUGUGCUCAUUCACACAAAUGCGUGGCUCAGUGCCUUCGCACUGGUCACAGGAUGUGAUCAAAAUGGUACCGAAACCUCAAAUACAAUUAGAUAUUUGUGAUCCAUAUGCGCAAACACCAGCUCGUCACUUCGAUCGUCUACUCUUCCACUAUGGUUCACCGCUAAUUAUGUUGAAUUUGGUGAAGAAACGCGAGAAGCGUAAACAUGAGUCGAUUAUCUCCAAGGAGUUGGUUUAUAGCAUACGUUACUUGAAUCAGUUCUUGCCACCGCAACACCGCAUGAAGCACAUACAUUUCGAUAUGGCGCGCAAGAGUCGUGGUGGUGGCAAUGUUAUGGAAAUGUUGGCAGACAUUGCGGAGAGCGUAGUGCAACAAAAUGGUAUGUUUUUCAAGGCGCGCGGUAGUGCAUGCACAUUCCAAACAGGCAUAGUGCGUACGAAUUGCGUCGAUUGCUUAGAUCGCACCAACACGGCACAAUUCGCGAUUGGCAAGUGCGCGUUGGGUCACCAGCUGGAACGUUUGGGUUUUGUUAAAUCCGCCAAACUCGAGUUCGACUCGGAUUGUGUGACGAUGUUGGAGAAUCUGUACGAGGAGCAUGGCGAUACGCUGGCCUUGCAAUAUGGCGGCUCACAGCUGGUACAUCGCAUCAAAACCUAUCGUAAAACAGCGGCAUGGGCUUCGCAAGGCAAUGAUAUAAUGCAAACAUUGAGCCGCUACUACAGUAAUACUUUCAGUGAUACGGAGAAACAGCAUAGCAUUAAUCUCUUUUUGGGCUACUACAUACCCAGCAGAAGUCACACGAAGCAGAAUCAACCGAUUUGGGAGCUACAGACCGACUACUACAUGCACAAUGUUUACAAGCCGCUCACACCAGAGAAUGAAACACGUCUCAUUACCGACUGGGUGCGUCACAAAGUGCGCUCAUGUCUGCCCUGCUCCACUUCAGACUCCAAUAAAAUUGUUAAAGAACUAUUUCGCGUGCAUUCCAAAGGUCUCGAAAUGAUUGAUUCCUACUCGAAUUAUCAUCAGUCAUUUAAAUGGACCGAUCUCAGUGAGCACAUAGCUUUCGAGAUUAGCCAACUGGCACUACGUUAUAUGCCGACAUUCCGCACUAACUACUCGCCAUUCCAGCGUCAAAUACAGGAUCGCAAAGCACGCAAAAAUCCCAAUCUCACCGGUCAAAGUUCGACCAGCUCAACCAAUAGCAAUUCAUCGAGUUCUAGCGAAGCGGAUGAUAGCUCCUCCGAUGAGGAUAUAAGCGCCGGCUAUGCUGUUAAGGAUGCCAAUCAAACUGAGUUGUUGGAGCAAGAGCCAUUCACAUUGGAAUCGGUAUUGCCGCCUAUGGAGGAAGUUUAUGGUUGCAAGAUUACCAAUCCAACGAAAGCGAAUAUGGAUAUAUACCGCAAAUAUGUGCAGUUCAGCAAAUUAUCGAGUGGCAAUAAUAAUGCUUUUGCGCUUUCAACCGCGGCAGCCCCGCGUGAACGUGAUAACGAAAUGGCUAAGCUAAAGCGUGGCAUAUUGAAACCAAUUAGUAAUUUUGGUACCGAUUCAUAUUUGCAAGUGAAACCGCCAACAGUGAGUGAGGAAAGUCAGAAAAUAUAUGCGGAAUAUUGCAAAGUGCCGCGUAACUUUAAUGCUGUGCCGAAAUUCGAAGAGUUCGAUGUGCUAUAUCGCUAUGUGCAAAUGCUCUAAAGUGUGUGAUUGAGUGUAUAGUGAUGUCUGAUAAAGUAUUAACAUUAACCACUAAAAGUAAUAUAAUUAUUAAGCAUAUUGUUUGUAAUCUGUCAUUUUAUGAAAAUUUUAUAUUGUUUUGUUUCGUCUUUUAUGCGCGUUAUAUUUAUUAAAAUUGUUUGCUAAUAUAUUAUCACAAUUGUAUGAUAUUGUGUCAAACACAAACUUAA